AUGGAGCCUUCUCUGAAUAAGGCGAUGCUUGGUAUGACUCUGGAGGAGGAUGAAGAGCCUUAUACUAUUCCUGACCGUCCCGAGUUCUAUUCCACGGAGAGAAAUGUUUUAAGUUUGGUGGGGCGUUUCCUCAACCCUCAAUGCCAAGAUAUGACGGAUCUGAUCCUUGACAUGCCAAGGAAGUGGCAGUUAUAUGACAGGGUUAGAGGAGUAGCCCUUUCUAAAGACAGGUUUCAGUUUAUCUUCAAAUAUGAACAUGAUUUGAUAGAUAUUCUGAACAGAGGAGUUCACAGUUCUAACCAGUGGUCGUUAGCGAUGGAGAGAUGGGUCGAGAAACCUCCGCCUGAUUAUUUGCAGUUUAUUGAGGUCUGGGUUCAGAUGAGGAACAUUCCGGUGAACCACUAUACGAAGGCGGCGCUUACAGAUCUUGCAGAGUUUGCUGGUCAAGUCAUCGAAGUUGCUUUUGAUCCUAACAAACCGCAGACCAAAGAUUAUAUUCGAGCAAAAGUCAGGUUUGAUGUAUCUAAGCCUCUCAGACGCUUUAAAACAGUUAAUGUUCCAGGUGGUGAGGUUGUCAAAAUCUUGUAUGAUUAUGAGAGACUUCAAAAGAGGUGUUACACUUGCCAAAGAUUGACUCAUGAACAGAGCUCCUGUCCUCUUUUCCAAGCAGCUAAAGCUGCUACUGUGCUUAAAGAUAAAGGAGCAGUGGGCCUUCAGAAGCAUUUUAGGGAGCAAAUCAUAAAAGAGGAUGAUCCUCUUUUUGGAGUGAUCUUGGAAUCACAAGUUGGUAUUAAUCCACAGAAUGGGCGUCCAAAAAUUGCGGAGGAAGUGUUAGAAGGUAUGAGACAGUAUUUGAUGGCUGCUGAAGGAGUAGAGAAAAUGGCAAGAAAAGAAAGAAUCAAGUGGUCCCUUAAAGAAGUGGAGCAGGAUCCGAUAGCUCAGAAAACCUUUCUCAGGCUUGAACCGGCUCCUAUUUUCACUUCUGAUCUCGAUAAGGGUAAAGGCAUUGUCUUUGAUUUCCAGAAGCAAAAAGAAAGUCCAAAAGAUGUGAACUCUCUUGGAGGUAGCAAGCUUAUGGCAUCGGCUAUCAGGGCUGGUAAUGCGAUGUCUUUGGAGCCUACAAACUUGGGUGUGGUGUCCGAGGAUGCUGCCUUUUCGGAAUCUGCUACUGAUAGUUGGAAUCCUGGAGGUCUGACGGGUUAUAACAGUGGCAUCUUUGAUGCUUGUUCAUCCGGGACCAAAGGGAGGAAAACUUACCAGCGGAGGAGGCCGGGUACUUUUGUGAGAAAGGCCAAAGGAAAAACAUCCAAGGUUGAAGAUUCUAGAGAAGGUAAGAUGAAAGAUAAAGCUCCAGCGGUUGCAGAGAAAAGAAAAGGUUUGAAGGAUGUGGAGACAUCUCAAUACUCACCAAGGUUUAAGAAACCAUCGGUGGUCCCAAAUGAGGGACCGCCCAAUCUCUGA